AUGAUGGAUGCGGAAUGGGAAGACCAAAAUGAGCUUGCUAGAAGAUCUAUCAAACAACACCUCACUGACGGGGUGUUGUAUAAUGCAAUAAAAGAUACUGCAAAUCAAUCAUGGGAGAAGCUUGAAGAGUUGUUUGUGUCAAGAUCGUUAUCCAACAAGAUCUUCUUCAAGGAGGAGCUCCACUAUCUAAAGAUGGAGGAUGGCGCAAACAUGAUGGAGCAUGUCAAUGCCUCUAAUAUGUGUAUUGCAGAUUUUCAAAGAAUGGAUGAGCACUUUCACACGACGGUUAUGUUCGGCAAGGGAGCUUUGAAGUAUGAAGCGGUCAUGCAAGACAUACUGAUGCAUGAUAGGAUGCUUCAACUUUCCGAAGAUAGCUCUAAAGGUGAAGGUCUCGUGGCCAAGACCGGAAGGCGGGGUUGUUCAUACAAGAGCAGAGGCAAGUCAAGAAAAUGUGGGAAUUCUAUACCCUAA